CCUCUCCAUUUAAACCUCACUAACUCCAUUCUUUCUUUCAAAACCCAGAACUCUCUCUCUUCUCUCUCUAUUACCCAAGAAUUUGAUAACUAUGUGCCAACAAUCUUCACCUUCUGAUUCUUGCAAAAUCGAUUUAGACCCAUCCACCAAAGUACAACAAUCUGACAUGUUAGCUCCUCUGGUCCCGAAGAAUCUUGAAUUUGAACCACAAACCCAAAAUCAAGAAAAGACAACUUGCCAUGUUUCUUUAGCAAUUAAAGAAGCUAAAUGCAUAGCUGACAUUGCUCUUCCAAUGAUACUAACUGGUCUUUUGCUCUAUUCUCGCUCUAUGAUCUCUAUGCUAUUUCUCGGUCGCCUUGGCGAGCUUUCUUUAGCCGGUGGUUCACUUGCCAUCGGUUUCGCUAACAUAACAGGUUAUUCUAUUCUCUCUGGUCUCGCCAUUGGAAUGGAACCCAUUUGUGGUCAAGCUUUUGGUGCUAAAAGAUAUAAACUCCUUGGUCUAACUAUGCAAAGAACAAUUCUUCUACUUUUCUUGAUUUCUAUCCCUAUUGCCUUUUUAUGGCUCAAUAUGAAAAAGAUUCUUCUUUUCUGUGGCCAAGAAAAUGAUAUUGCCACAGAAGCACAAAUUUACAUUCUUUAUUCUCUUCCUGAUCUAAUCUUGCAAUCUUUUCUACACCCUUUACGUAUAUACCUUAGAACUCAAUCCAUAACUCUGCCUCUAACUUACUGUGCAACAUUUUCUAUUCUUCUACAUAUACCCAUUAAUUAUUUUCUUGUUUCUGUAUUAAAUCUUGGAAUUAAAGGUGUUGCAUUAAGUGGGAUAUGGACUAACUUCAAUCUUGUAGCCUCUUUGAUCUCUUACGUUAUGGUUUCUGGCGUUUACAAGAAAACUUGGAGUGGGAUUUCUUUAGAAUGCUUAAAUGGAUGGAAAUCUUUGUUAAAUUUAGCAAUCCCAAGUUGCGUUUCGGUUUGCCUUGAAUGGUGGUGGUACGAGAUUAUGAUUUUAUUAUGUGGGUUAUUGUUAAAUCCAAGAGCUACUGUUGCUUCAAUGGGAAUUCUGAUCCAAACGACGGCAUUUUUAUACAUUUUCCCAUCUUCUUUAAGCUUUAGUGUAUCUACAAGAGUUGGCAAUGAAUUGGGUGCUAACAAUCCUCGAAGAGCAAAACUUGCAGCCAUUAUUGGUCUUUCGUCAAGCUUCGCGUUGGGAUUCUCCGCUCUGUUUUUUGCCGUUGUAGUAAGAAAGAUUUGGGCAAGUAUGUUUACACAAGAUGCAGAGAUUAUUGCGUUGACAACAAUGGUACUGCCUAUAAUAGGUCUUUGUGAGCUCGGAAAUUGCCCACAAACAACCGGUUGUGGUGUUUUAAGAGGAACUGCGAGGCCUAAAUUGGGUGCUAAUAUUAAUUUGGGUUGUUUCUAUUUAGUGGGUAUGCCUAUUGCAAUUUGGUUAAGUUUUUAUGGUGGGUUCGAUUUUGAAGGACUCUGGCUCGGUCUUUUAGCCGCCCAAGGUUCAUGUGUAGUGACUAUGUUGUUCUUUUUAACUCGCACUGAUUGGGAAUGGCAAGCGCUUAAGGCUAAGGAGCUCACAAGAAAUAUGGAAUCUAAUAACGAUGAUAAUUUUGAAGUACAUGAUCGAACAUCAGAAUUUUAUUUAAAAGACAACAAUUUAUUAGUUUAAUUCGUCCUAUAAGAUCGGAUGAUGCUAAUACUUUCAUUUUAUUUUAUUAAGGAUAUGAUCAUGCACUAAUAUCGACUAAGUAGUUUCAUUUACGAAGCUAACAUAAAGAUUUUCUUUUCUAAAAUUGUUAGUACUUGUAAAGAGUUUUUUUAUUGAAUUGAUUUAUUUUUAGAUGGAGGGAAACUAUUAGUGAUGGCUUUGUUUCAUCCAUUGUUGCUUCUUAUUCAAACACAAAGAAAAUUGAAUCAUUGAUGUGUAAUUACAUUUGUACUUUAGUUUGUAUUGUAGUUCAUUUCAGGAAAGUAGUUUAGGACGUUCAUCAAUGUGCGUAAUUGUGGAAAGGAUCUUUUUAAGGUCUUAACAUUUAGAUCCGAGAGUGAGGUUCACCGUUCACGAGUGUAUGGCGCGUGGUAUGCAGAUGAUUAACCAAUUUGACCGGUCAGAUUUUGCGAGUGCCAACUCCGUAAUAGACCGUCUGACUCUCCCUCCAAUUCACGCUUUGGAUUGGGUCACGGGUGACCCAUUCAAUUUUAGCGCUUUUAAAAUUUUAAUUUUUUGUUUUCAAUUUUUUUUACGUUAUUAUACUAUUGAACUUGUAAGCUUAAAUUACUAUUUAAUUUCCUAAAUCUCAUGUAUUUUUGUUUA